GCUUGAUCCUUAAUGAGUUUUCAUUGCAAGAGUUUUACAAUUAUAAAAAUACAGUUAAUUGAGCUAUGCUGAUACAAUAAUACUGUUGUAGUCUCCAUCAGAGUAGAGCAUCCCAAUAAAUCAUUUUAACGUAAACUGCUGAUUGCAUUGAUUCAUGCAAACUAAUAAUUCAUGGUGGAAAAUGGAACACAAGGAGCUGCAGAAGUUAUAAUUUAGAGAGGAAUUUCUGAAAGGCUUCAAUUAGCUGUGGAAAAAGUGCAGCAUCUCUCUCUUUCUCUCUAAAUUAAUGCUUCAGGAUUAAUUAGUCCAUCUUCUCUUUAUAAAACUUCAUUGGCCUGGAAAAUAAAAGGAAGAGAUGUUUGUAUCCUGGAUUUUUGAUCCUUACCUUUUAAACAAAUUUUGAUUCUCCGGUCAUAUCCAGAAUGUGCAAGAACUUAGGAGAAGAAAACUGAAUUGUGCUGCAACCUAACUGUCUCAUUAAAGAUACACCAGAGCAUACUGUAGUUGUAUUCGCAUAUUGAAUAUGAGAACAUUAGAAGAGCCUUUCUGGAUCAGGGCAAAGGAUAGCUAGUCCAGCAUCCUGUUUAGAACAAACCCAAGGGAGAGGAAAGAAGACAGUGGCCCAUUUCCACCAUUUGAACUUCCAGUGGAGGUAGUUCAGAGGUAGUUUUAGGAUUCCCUCUGGCUUAGUCUGAUGAUGGGACAUACCAUGCUAGAAUCUGAUGUUUCAUGAUUCCUUGGAUCUGUUGUAUUUGACUUUAAAUAAGAUGGGUUUUCAUAGUUACUGCCAAUACACUAACAGUGCUCUUAAAUUGCUUGCUUGUCUCCAUAUAAAUCACAAAGGACAGAGACGGCUAGCCUUUGCCUUAUCAGGAAGAAAGAGGAGAUCGCCAAGAUGCACAAAAGACAAUUGAUUGAUUGUCUCUAUCAAGUGAAUAAAUUCUGUUGGUCACAAUGACACCACGACAGCUCACAUAUUGGCACAGUUUGCAAUUCCUGUGUAUUUUGCAGAUACAUGGAUGCAGCAUAUCCAGAAAGGAAGUAUACUGAAAGUUGGAAAACAUGAAACAAUUGAAAAGAAAAAGAAAAAGCAAUUUUAGUGUUCAGGAAACUCAAACUCUACUUAAAGAAAUCCGAAAGAGGAGGGAGGUGCUUUUUUCCAAGCAACUGAAUACAACCAUUAAUGAGAUGAAACGGAAGGCUUGGGAAGAAAUAGCAGAGUGUGUGAAUGCUGUAGGUGAAGGAGAGCAAAGAACAGGGACAGAAGUCAAAAGACGAUAUCUUGAUUGGAGGGCUCUUAUGAAACGGAAACGAUUGAAUACCAACAUAAAGCUUGUGGGUGCUGGCUUUCAUCUUCCUUCAUCUGAUUUGGAUGACUCUCUCAAUGAAGAUAUAGAUGAGAAAAUGGGAUUCCCAAAUGAAUCGAGUUUUGAAUGGCAGAACAUCACAGACUUCAGAGAAGCAGGUGGAUCCUUAACUGAAGUCAAAGUAGAAGAAGAGGAGGAAGAUCCACAGAGUUUUGAAUUCCCUAUUGAAGAAGAAGAGGAAAUACUGUCUUCAGUGUUGCCAGAUUCCAAAAAGGAAAGUGACCUUCCUGAUUUCACCCACAUUGAAGAAUUUGGUAAUUUAAGCUCUGCUCAAGCUAGGCUGGCCUAUGAGGAUUCCCAUUUGCUGCUUAGCUUGGAGAAACAGAAGUUAGAGCUGGAGAAACAGCGACUGGAUAUUGAAGCAGAACGACUGCAAGUUGAGAAGGAGCGUCUGCAGAUUGAAAAAGAGAGGUUACGACACGUUGACCUGGAGCAUGAGAGGCUUCAACUGGAGAAGGAGCGGUUACAAAUUGAGCGAGAGAAAUUAAGGCUUGAAGCCCUGCAUGCUGAAAAACCUGCUCUGGAGAAUGAUCCCAGCCAGUCGGAGAAGCCUGUCUUACAGCCUUUGGAUCUAGAAACAGAAAAACUGAAAAUUGAGAAGGAGCGCUUGCAGCUUGAGAAGGAGAGGCUGCAGUUCCUGAAGUUUGAAUCAGAAAAGUUGCAAAUUGAGAAAGAACGUUUGCAAGUGGAGAAAGAACGCCUUCGAAUUCAGCGGGAAGGGCACUUGCAGUGAACUUGGUGAAACUACUGUUAUCAAUGCCGUGCUUUGCUAUUUGUACUUUUUUUUUUUUUUUUUUAAGGGUGGCUUCAUCUCAGUAAAAGUGUUGGAUUGUCUGGUUUUCAAAACAUUAUACCUUUCAUGAAAACCUUGCUUUACAUUGCUUUAUAUCUUGACAGUUCUCUUGUAUGGCCAGAUUUGAACAUUCAUGUGUUCAGGUUUUAAAACAAGCUGAGAAAUGGUGCUCAGUAAGUCAGUGUGCCUGUAUAAAUGCGGUUUGUGUGAAAUUGCGUUGCAGUAUAGAAGAUGUGUUAAUGUCCUCUUGCAUUCUCUGUUGUAUAGCUUUAACGUCUACAUUAAGGAUCAAAGCUUAGCCGUAUCUUGUCAUUUUAAGAGUGUUGUUAAUCCAUAGGAGCCUUCAAAAUGAAUUUGAAUUUGAUCCGAAGGAAUGAAAUUAAAACCUAGGCCUUACACACUAAUAGUGUUAACGAUGAAAGUAAUGCCUUUACUACGAUGUGUGUUUUUCUCAGGAGGAAUUUGAAAGGUCAGAAUUUGAGGCUGUCACUAGUUUUCCUACUCUGUCUGUUUGUAGAAAAAAUAUAAAUGAAGCUUCAUGUAUGAAAACACAGAUUUCACAAUUUGUUUUUAAGCCAGAAUGUCAAACCAAACCUCUGGCUUGUGUAAAUAACUUUGGUAGUCCAAUAUGACAUGAAAGUGUUUGAGCAGGAAUAUAUCUUGUGGAAUUUACACAGAUUAUUUGUACAUGUCAGUUUAUUUAUAUCACUAUGUAAUUACUUUUAUUUUGCAAAUAAAGUGUUAUUUUUUAUUACCGAAA